AUGUUUUCUUCAACGCAAAACUCAUCACCAACUUGUAAAAUCAUUGAAAUUCCUCCAGGUUUAAUAGAAAAUGGAAAAACUUUAUUAAUUGAAACACAUUAUGAAUUAUUUAUAAAUGAUUAUCAUUUUUCACGACCAUCACAUUUUAUUACACAAAAUCAUGGAUUAUGUCUUGUUGAUACACAACAAAAUGAUUUUACAUCAAAUACAUAUUGUCAUGAAUUAAAUUCACAUAAUUAUGAUUAUAGCUUGUUUGAAUUGAUCAUUGAAUUUCCUGCUGAAAGUUUAAAUGGUGGAAAAAGUGUUAUGAUUGAAAGAAUUUAUUCAAAUGAAGAAAAAAAACUAUCAGGAAACUUUGAAGAUCUUUACAAUAUUGAACAUUUAAAUGAAUCUGCCGAAACAAAAUUUAUUCAUAUUAAAGUUCCACAAGAAUUAAUCGAAGGAGGCAAAACAAUUGUUAUUAAUAAAAAUAAUAUAUCUAUUAAAAAUAGUAUAGAUUAUUACAAAGAAGUAGCAUAUCAUUUAGGAAAUAAUAAAUUUUCUAAACGAGAUCAUCUUCAAUCAAAAAAUAUGAUGGAAAUGAUAAUAGCACUUCCACCAGAACUUUUUUGUAAUGACCAUAAAAUAAUAUUUCGAAAAGAAGAUUCUCAAAUAAUUGCUGCUAAUUUUCCUUAUCAUCGUCAAUCUAAACAUGAUAUACAAUUAACACGUCGAGAUAAUUUAAAUCAUGAUCAAAAACUUUCUUUAGACAAAUUUUUUUCAAAUCGAAUAUGGCAUCCGAUGUUAUUGAAUGAUACUCAUUUACUUAAAUUAUCUCUUUAUUUAAAUAAUCAACCAAAUAUACGAAAUCAAGAUCAAAUUAAAUUAAUUAUUGAUCAACAAUAUAUACGUGUCGAAACAAAGAAUAAUGAAGAUUUUAAUAUAUAUCAAGAAAUUCUUGUACCAGAUAUAAUUAAAUUAGAUCAACUUAAAUAUGAAUUUGAUGAAAAAAAUCGUUAUUUUAAUAUAAUGAUUCCUCUUCAAUGA